AUGUUGCUUUUAAAUGGGAGAAAGCGAAGAGGAGGGGAAAUUGGAGACAACAUAUGUGGAUUCACUCACAAUUAUGAAUUAUUAUAUGGACGUAUUUACAUUGGAGCUGGAGCACAAUCUACAGGUGAAGAUGGAGAAGGAGCCGAAGCAGACAUAGGACCAGCAGCAGCAGCAAUAGGGCCAAGAGUGCACCAGAACUUUGAAUUUGAGCCAUUGAACGGCGUGAAUUUGUUCAUUGAGAUUUGCACAGAUCAGAUGAUGUUGUCUGAGGAAGAAUUGUGGGUUGUGAAGAUCACCUUCUCCGAGAGCCAAAUUGUAAUAAAGAUCAACAAUGUUGGGACAGUUCUGGUAACACUGCGGCAUCGCUUCCCAAAGGACGCGAUUGAGAAUGAACACAAUCCAAUCGGCAAUUCCUCGCACAAUAAUUCCCUUGCAUCCAAGAAGGAAAAGAAACAAAACUGUUAA